AUGUUCAGCAGGUUGAAAAACUUGAUGGGGGCACCCGUGCCUCCCCCUGCCCAAGCUGUUACCCCACCUUCCACCCCAGCUCCACCACCAAAGGAGGAAAAGCCUCCUGAAAAGAAGGAUGAGGAGCAGCCAAAGAAAGAAGAGGAAAAGAAAGAGGAACCAAAGAAAGAAGAGGAAAAGAAAGAGGAGCCAAAGAAAGAGGAGGAUAAAAAAGAAGAGGAAAAGAAGAAAGAGGAAGAACCCAAGAAGGAAGAGCCAAAACCAGCUCCUGCACCUGCUGCCCCUGCUCCAGCUGCAGCAGCAGGUGAUGCUCCUGCCAAUCCAGAGGGGGCUGAAGGAGAAGAACCUCCUCCGCCUCCACCUAUUGUCUACUUUCGUUACACAGAUGACAUGCUCAGACAUGUGGUCAAGAUAUUAAGAGACCGCACGGAGACGCAACUAGAGAAAGUCUCUGACCCGUAUGCAACUUCUCCAGAGAUCACCCCACCUGUCACGCCCAUUCUGAAGAAGGAGGACUACAUCAAAUUGAAGGAGGAAGAGCGCAUCGCCAAAGAGGAAGCGGAAAAGAAGAAGGCAGAGGAGGCGGCCAAAAGGGCAGAGGACAAGAAGAAAAAGGAUGAGGAGAAGAAGCUGGAGGCGGAGAAGAAAGCUGAGGAGGAGAGGCUCGCGGAGGAGGCCAGGAAAAAAGCCAAGCUCCUCCCGGACAUCAACUGCACAUGCUUCGAUGUCCUCUUUCGUCCAAUAGAGGAGAGGAUGGAUACGGUCCUGGGGAGCACCAUAGACCCUUUCACAGAUCGUCGAUAUAUUUGCUGGCUGGCUUUUGUAGCGGUGGCAUACAACUACAACGCUUGGUUUUGCUCUGCUCGACUGGCCUUCCCUUACCACAAUGCUGCUUAUAACCCCAUUUGGAUAUUUUUCGACGUUCUUAGUGACUUAGUGAAUGUUAUUGACAUUUUGAUGUGGCAACCCCGUCUUCAGUUUGUCAAAGCUGGAGACAUUAUUAAAGAAAGAGCCAUGACUAAGGUACAUUAUCGGAAUUCGAGCCGAUUUAAGACUGAUAUGGUCAGCAUCAUCCCCUUUGACCUCCUCUCCGUGUAUUUUGGAUUCUCUUCCUUUUUCCGACUCAACCGCUUCAUCAGGUUGGAUUCCUUCUUUGAGUUCAGCGAUCGGCUGGAGAGUAUCAUGGCAAAGGCCUACAUAUGGAGAGUUGCUCGCACCACAGGCUACCUGCUCUACGUCCUGCAUCUCAAUGCCUGUAUAUACUAUGUUGCCUCAGUGAGCCAGGGUCUAGGAUCAUCCUUAUGGGUGUAUAAUGGAGAUGGAUCAGCGUACCUGCGUUGUUACUACUUUGCUGUCCGCAGUCUGAUCAACAUUGGGGGUCUUCCAGAGCCUACAACAGUCUUUGAGAUUAGCUUUCAGAUGAUUAACUUCUUCACUGGUGUCUUUGUGUUCUCCAGUUUGAUUGGACAGAUGAGAGAUGUCAUAGGAGCCGCAACAGCAGGUCAGGCAUAUUUCCGGGCAUCGAUGGACGGCUGUGUUGACUAUAUGAACACAUAUUCGAUCACCAGGCAAGUCCAGAACAGAGUCAGGAUGUGGUACAACUACACUUGGACUGCUCAGGGCAUGUUGGAUGAGGGUGAGCUGCUGGAUAAGAUGCCUCUGGUGAUGAAAACGGCCAUCGCUGUGGACAUCAACCUGGGCACUUUCCAGAAGAUCGCACUGUUUCAGGGUUGUGACCAGCAGAUGUUGGUGGACAUGUUGCUGAGACUCAAGUCUAUUGUUUAUCUACCAGGAGAUUUUGUCGUGAGAAAAGGUGACAUCGGUAAAGAGAUGUACAUCAUCAAGAGUGGAGCGGUGCAGGUGGUGGGAGGACCCGACAACAGUAUUGUGUUUGUCACCCUGAAGGCUGGCAGUGUGUUUGGAGAAAUCAGUUUACUACAGUCUGCUAAAGAUGGAGGAAACAGGCGCACAGCUAACGUAAAAGCGCAUGGCUUUGCUAACCUCUUUGUCCUGGAAAAGAAAGACUUGUUUGAUAUUCUUGUCCACUACCCAGAGUCUCAGAAAGUGUUGGCCAGGAAGGGAAGGAAACUGGUCAAAGCUAAAGGCCCUGCAGGGGGAAAGGAGGAUAAGCCAAAAGGCAACACUCUCUUCGGACCGAAACCACCAACACCGAAGCUGCUCAGACUCUUUGGCAAUUUACGUAAACUCAAGGUAAAGUUUUCACAUUGAGGCAACAGUCUUCAUAGAGGAAUAGCUGCUGAGUUAUUUCAAAUUGUUUAGUUAUUGAUUUAGCUGUGAACAAUUGGAAAUAAGCCUGAAUUUGUCAGUUUUUUAAAAGCUAAGUAAUUCAAGUGACCUUUUCACUUCUGUAGAUAAAGUAGCAUUGUUCUAGAACAUUUAAUCUAGCGGAGACACUAAUGAGCCUCUAGAAUAGUAUUAACGUGUCUUUUUUCUGUCUUUCGUCCACAGGCAGAGCAAGGGAAUUGAGAUGUGUGAAGUCUUUGAGCUUCACCAUUUCACAUUUGAUUCAAUUAGUGUGUUCCACUUUUCAUUGGCUAAUGAAAGUCUCAAAUGGUAAUAUAUUCACAAGGGGAGUUGUGAAAUGCUUGACUUGUGGUCCAUUCCAACACCAAAGCCUCGGGAUAAAUGAUGCAAGGUCUUUAGCACAGACAUUUAACUGAAACCCAUAAGAUGUUAUGGAAAGUUGCACAACCUUAAUGGAAAUGUAAUUAUAAUCUAAUGAUCUUCACUUUGUAACCUUUUUGCUUUCAAGAUAAAGAAAUGUCUAAUUUUCAAUUGAUUAGUGCCAGUAACCAAAUCUGAAAGUUAACAUAAUGUUUAAAGUGUGUAUAUUAUAUAUUGUGCUUUAUUUUUUGUAUAUAAAACAAUGUUUACUACACAACGUGUUGUUUCGUUACUCCAGGAUGACCUCUGAUCCUGUCUGUAGUUAUUUCGGUUUGUUUGGAAUCUGGGGUUUGUUUCUUUAAUAAGUGAAUUAAAAAAGGAAUUGGAAAGUUAGGCAGAGCAGCGAUAGCGUUUAUGUUGUGUGUGGACACAUUAACCACUAUUAGAAGCAAUUAUAACAGACAUAAUUUCAGUCUGUGAAGAUGAAAAUGUUCUCCAUCAAGAAGUACAUUUUUGUACGGCCACUAUUAUAGUCUAUAUAAAAUAUUAGAUAUAGAUAGUCCAGCUUUCAUUUUAAUUUGUCCUCUUAUUCUUAUGCUUUCAGACACUUACAUUACCUCUAUUCAAUUUGCCUAAAGGACUUUUGCAAACAGUUGUUUAGACUGCUUUGUGGUUAUAAUACUAUAUUAGUGGUAGCAACUUGUGCAGCUCAGCAUACUGUAAUAAGCUUAAACAAUCUGUGGAAAUCUCUGAGGCUGAAGAGAUGGUAACAAAACAGACAGGAAAGAUACAUUUUAAAGGUCAGUGUUAUUUGGUAAUGAUAACACCUGAGCAGCCUGAAGCUUGUGACACACAUCAUGAGUCCACUUCACAGAAUAAAACAAUGCACAUAAAGCUACAGAAACAUGAUCACUAAUUU